AUGGGAGCAAUAACAGGGUCUAAGAUUGCAAUAAUUAUUUUCUCCAAAACAUACCCUGAGUCAACUCGGUGUCUUCGUGAGCUUGAAAAAAUCAUUGAGUGCCACCAAACUUUUGGCCAAAUGGUUCUGUGCGUAUUUUACGAGAUCCACCCAUCCGAUGUACGUUAUCAGAAGAUGGAGGCAUGCACUCACGCUGCAGGAAUCACUGUUUGGGAUGUCACAGAGAUCCGGCAUGAUGCUGAGCUUGUGCACCUGAUUGUUACCCGCGUUCAUUGUGUACAGCUGAAUAUCCCGUUGGAUUAG